UAUAUGAUUCGUAAAAUUGUGACCUCUAUAAAUAAAUUUCGAAGAGUCUAUGAAGAUUAAAAACUCGGUAGACAACUGAUAGGAACUGAUUAGCAUGGUAAUCUCUACUAUUAAUAUUACGAUUAAAAUGGAAAACCCACUCGAAGAAUGAGUGAAAGAAUUGAUAAAAUGGCACCAUUUGUAGAUCCAUUAUGGGAAGAAUGGAUUAGACAUCAAAGAGAUAAACCAUAUACUGAAGAAGAAAAAGCAGAACUAGAAAAAUAAUAACAAGCAUAUAAAACUAAAGUCAAUUAAUAUGAGUAAAAAGAUGCAGAAAUGAUGAAAUAGUUUAAAAAAUCAAACAAAACAUGGAAUGCAAAUAACAAAUGAAAUCUAAC